AUGGACAUUGCCACUAACCUGCAGGAUGAGAACUUGGAGAGCACAGCUGGCCUUAACCUGUACAUUGGCCUUAACCUAGAGGAUGUGAACGCGGACAUUUGCCCUAAUUUGCAGGAUGAGAACAUGGACAUUGCCCUUAACCUGCAGGAUGAGAACGUGGAGGAUGAGAGAUUGGAUCCUGGUGCACCAACUGGUAUUUAUGCAUCUCUGGACAUUGGCAUGAACAUGCAGGAUGAGAACGUGGAGGAUGAGGGAUUGGAUCAUGGCGCAUCACCUUCACAUGCUUCCCCUAGUGCAACUAUAACAGAGGAUAGGCACCGUAAAACUUUACAGACUAUAGAGGUCAAUAUUAAUGACUACAGCACUCGUCCAUUGUCUGAGUUAUGGGAAGCAGCUCGCCGGGACUUUGAAGCUAAGUUCAUUGAAUCUUUGUCAAAUAGGAAAAGAUCAAUUGGUGAUGCUGCUGUUGGUGGUGAUGCUGCUGCUUAUAGCAACAAGAAGAAGUUGAAGAUCGAUGGUGAUGCUACUGCUGAUGGCAGCAAUAAGAAGCUCAAUUAA